CCUCCGAGACAGUAGAUGGCAGACUGCAUUUGGCCUUUAUAGAGAUACACUGUGUAGCUUUCUGAACGUCAGUGCUAGCCUGUUUUACCUAAAAAUCUACGGUUAAUAUGGAUAAAAAGAAGAAACCAUACAGUGUUACAGCGUCGUCACUGGUCGAUUUGAAAGCGGAAUUAUAUCGGAAACAGGAACAAUUUAAGCACGACCGACUUGGCCAAGAUGAAGGAGCCUCACAGAAGUCUAAGACAAAAAUAAAAAAGCCCAAUAUCUGGAGCAAACAGAAUGAAGGAGUCAGUGCACGAGCUGAGAGGGACGUUCAGCAGACGACAGAGGAAGAGAACACACUAGAAAAGUCCAGGCAAAAAUUGGAGGAAAAGGCACGUCUGUAUGAACAGAUGACAAAAGGAGAUUUCCCAGAUGAGGAGACCGAAAGUCUUUUUCUGGUGGAUUUCACCCAAAAGAUCAUCAACCAGAGGAAUGAACCACAGACACACAAUGCAAAUGUAGCAGGGGACCGAGAUGGAGAGGACUCUGAUGUAAAAAUCCCGGUUCCACCUCCACAGAACGCAAAUGAAGAAUGGGUGGACUAUGUUGAUGCAUUAGGACGUUCUCGAAGAUGUCUGAGAAAAGACCUACCAGAUUUUCAAAAAAUGGACGAGGAACUCCACAACAAGAGGGUGACGGGUGCUGACAGGACGCUGUUAUCUGAUGACAUGAGGAGAGAAAUGCAGAGAGAGCAGUGGGAGAGAGAGGAAGAGGAGCAGAUGAAGAAACCUGUUGGACCCAUUCACUAUGAAAAUAUCAGAGAACAAGAGGCCAGAGAGCUGGGUGUUGGGUAUUUUGCUUUUGCCCAGGAUGAGGACCAACGAAGAAAACAGAGAGAAACUCUAGACAUGCUGAGGGACCAGACUACAGAUCAGCGCCACAAACGUGAGCAACUGAAGGAGAAGCGGAAAGCCCUGCUUAAAGAUCGGCUUGCUAAAGUAAGAAUGAGGAGGAUGAAGAAAAGCAAGUUGGAGCCAGGAGAUGAAGAAGAGGCUGCUGCUGCUAAUGCUGAGAAUGAUGAAGAUGAUAACGAUGAAGGUUUGGUUGGACCUCCAGCCCCAAUAGUGCGGAAAGUGGAAGUAGAGAUUCAAGAGAGAAAAGACACCAAACCUGGUGUUCCACACGUAAGAGAGUGGGACAGAGGCAAAGAGUUCUCCUUGGGACAGUGGACCAAUCGUCGUCGAGAAGAGCGAGACUCAGAGUUUGCUCCUCCUUCUGCUUAUUACAGAGACGAUACAAGAUCUAGUCACAACAGAGCCACAGACAAAGGAAAACUUGCCUUCAAGUGGUCUGAAUCCCCAAAACCCACAAACAGAGACACAGAGAACAUAUCUGCCUCUAGUCAACCUUCUGACGUACCCACAUAUACAUACCCACAACCUUCUCAACCACAGACUGCUCAAACACAGAGUCUGGACGAACUGUUAUCAUACUACAAACACUCCAUGUAAAAGUGCAAGUCUGAAUAUCACUGGAAACUAUGGGAUUUGAUCUUAAACCACAGUGGCAGUAAAACUAUGUACUAAAAUGUAACUGAAUUGCAAAGUUAGAAUAAAGAAUUACAAGAAUAUUUAGAUUAAUAUGCACUGUUUUAUUCCAUGUUAUUCCAAAUUCAACAGCAUUCUUAACCAUAAUUUAUUACAUUUUAAAUAGAUUGUAAAGAACAGAAGUCACUCUUGUCCAUAAAAUUAUGUUAAUUAAACAGUUUUCCUGUUCUAA